UAUUUCCCAGAUCAACAAGAAAUUAUUGCCAAUGAAAAUGCAUUUUUUUUUGGCAAUGGCUGAUAUUGCCGGGUCAUUGGUAAGAGUACUUUACGUUAAAUAUGCAGGAUUAGCUCCGAUAAUCCCAUUCUUGUCAACAAUGUCGAAGCAAAGGGGCUAUUCGCCAGUCAUCGUCGGUUUAAUCUUCACAGUACUCCCAAUUCCGGGUUUAUUGGUACGGCCAGUUACUGGUGCAAUCACAGAUAAAUACAAAUGCCGCAAAUCAGCGUUUAUUUUGACUGUAGUAAUUAUAAGUAUAUUUAUAAGUAUGCUGAUGUUCAUACCGGGCUCGGCUGUCAAAACAAUAACAGACGAUGAGAAUGUGAUGAUGUCACCGUUGUUUUGGUUAUUUUUCUGCACAAUAACCUUACUCAAUACAGCUUCUAAUGCAAGAACUAUUUUGGAAGACACGAUAUGCGUCGAUUUAUUGGAUGAAGACAAAACUAAAUACGGCCUUCAGAGAAUGUGGGGCGCAAUUGGUUGGGGCACUAUGUCCAUUGUAUCUGGUGUGUGUGUAGACUGGUUCAGUAAAGGACUAGAAUACAAAAAUUAUACGCCUGGUUUCAUUAUUUCAUUGAUAUGUUAUCUUUUAGAUAUAUAUGUGGUAUCAAGAAUUGCGAUUAUCCAAACCAGGGAAAUUCAAGCUGGACCAUCUAAUAUUAAAAAAGUAUUGACUAAAAUAAGUGUACUAUCAUUUCUUUUAUGGGUUGUCAUAUAUGGAAUGUUACUUUCAUUUGUAUGGUAUUUUGUAUUUUUGUAUCUGGAAGACUUGUCAAACCUUUACCAUCCUGAAAUGAAAACUUACAUAAAGACUAUUCAAGGGUUGUCAUUGACAAUACAAUGCUUCGGUGGAGAAGUCCCAUUUUUCUUUCUGUCGAAUUUCAUAAUUAAACGUAUCGGUUACAUGAACGUGUUUUCUUUGAUGUUCUUGGUGUUUGCUGUCAGAUUCUACCUGUAUUCAAUAAUUACAAAUCCCGUUUGGGUUUUACCAGUGGAAAUGUUCAACGGCAUAACGUAUGCAUUGGCGUACUCAGCAGCCAUUUCUUACGCAGGAGACUUAGCUCCUGACGGUGCCAAAGGAACACUACAAGGGAUCGUUGGAAUGUCAUUGUCGGGUAUAGGAUCACCCAUCGGUUGCUUCGUUGGUGGUUUUUUAUUUAACCGAUUCGGAAGCAUUACUUCGUUCAAAUUGUUAAGCCUAUUUGCGUUAUCAGUAUGCUUUACUCAAACAAUUGCAAAUCAGUUGAUAAAUCGAUUUUCUAAAAACAAUAAUGUUAAAGGAGAAGUGUCUAAUUAGUUAAUUAAUACUUGUAUAAAGCAAAUAUUAAUGAUAAUAUUUUAUAUUAUAUAAAAUUAUAAAAUACAUUUAGGUAUUUUAUAUUAUAAUUUACUAGCUAGUCCUACACGACCCACAGUGGUUUGAAAAAUAAUUUUACGUGGCCAAAAUCCUGUUUCAAAAUUUGAUUCCGAUAUAUUUUUUUUAAUUCAACUACCUAUUAUCUAAACAUUCUAGAGCAGUGAUUCCCAACCUUUUUUCCAUGGUGACUUAUAUAAAUGUACUCUUUAUUGUUGGGUACGCGACCCCUUCUGAAAAAUAAUCAAGAAUGCCAUAAAUAAAAAAUAUUUUUUAUUAUUA